AUGUCUGCUCUAACAGUGGAAGAGGAACAAACUGCUUUGCAAGAGCCUGAUCCUUGCACAAACGAUUUUUUCUUUCAACAAACAAUGUACAGAAUAAAAGACCCAAAAGCCAGUUUAAAUUUCUACUCCAAAGUUCUGGGAAUGAGGCUGCUUCAUAGAAUGGACUGCCCUCCUCUUAAGUUCUCCUUAUAUUUUAUGGGCUAUGCAAAAAAGGAAGAAAUCCCGACUGAUGAAAAAGAAAGAGCAAAAUGGUGUAUGGGAGGAAGGUCAUCCAUUGAACUGACUCAUAACUGGGGAUCAGAGACUGAUGACAGUGUCAAGUACCAUAAUGGAAAUGCUGCACCCCAAGGAUUUGGCCAUAUUGGAAUCUGUGUUCCUGACGUUGAUGCUGCUUGCAAGAGAUUUGAAGAACUUGGUGGAUUCCUUAUUUUUUUUAAUGGGAGCAAAUAUAAUUGCUUUUGCUUCUUUUUUUCUCUUCUCCCUUCCCCUCUGUCACUCUCUCUCUCUCUCUCUCUCUCUCUCCCUUCCCCUCUGUCACUCUCUCUCUCUCUCCCUUCCCCUCUGUCACUCUCUCUCUCUCUCCCUUCCCCUCUGUCACUCUCUCUCUCUCCCUUCCCUCUGUCCUCUCUCUCUCUCUCCCCUUCCCCUCUGUCCUCUCUCUCUCUCUCCCUUCCCCUCUGUCCUCUCUCUCUCUCCCUUCCCCUCUCCUCUCUCUCUCUCCCUUCCCCUGUCCUCUCUCUCUCUCCUUCCCUCUGUCCUCUCUCUCUCUCUCCUUCCCUCUGUCCUCUCUCUCUCUCCUUCCCCACGGUCCUCUCUCUCUCUCCUUCCCCACGGUCCUCUCUCUCUCUCCCUUCCCCACGGUCCUCUCUCUCUCCCUUCCCCACGGUCCUCUCUCUCUCCCCUUCCCCCCUCUCUCUCCCCCUCUCCCCCACGGUCCUCUCUCUCCCUCUUCCCCACGGUCCUCUCUCUCCCUCUUCCCCACAGUCCUCUCUCUCUCUCCCUCUUCCCCACGGUCACUCUCUCUCUCCCCUCUUCCCCACGGUCCUCUCUCUCUCCUCUUCCCCACGGUCCUCUCUCUCUCCCUCUUCCCCACGGUCCUCUCUCUCUCCCUCUUCCCCACGGUCCUCUCUCUCUCUCCCUCUUCCCCCUCGGUCCUCUCUCUCUCCCCUCUUCCCCUUGGUCCUCUCUCUCUCCCUCUUCCCCACGGUCCUCUCUCUCUCCCUCUUCCCCACGGUCCUCUCUCUCUCCCUCUUCCCACGGUCCUCUCUCUCUCCCUCUUCCCCACGGUCCUCUCUCUCCCUCUUCCCCACGGUCCUCUCUCUCUCCCUCUUCCCCCACGGUCCUCUCUCUCCCCUCUUCCCCAGUCCUCUCUCUCCCUCUUCCCCACGGUCACUCUCUCUCUCCCUCUUCCCCACGGUCACUCUCUCUCUCCCUCUUCCCCACGGUCACUCUCUCUCUCCCUCUUCCCCACGGUCACUCUCUCUCUCCCUCUUCCCCACGGUCUUCUCUCCCCUCUUCCCCACGGUCCUCUCUCUCUCCCUCUUCCCACGGUCCUCUCUCUCCCCUCUUCCCCACGGUCACUCUCUCUCUCCCUCUUCCCCACGGUCACUCUCUCUCUCCCUCUUCCCCCACGGUCACUCUCUCUCCCUCUUCCCCACAGUCCUCUCUCUCCCCUCUUCCCCACGGUCACUCUCUCUCUCCCUCUUCCCCACGGUCACUCCCUCCCUCUCUUUCUCUUCUCUUAUGUAUAUCACAUAUGGCACUUAA